GAAGAGGCGCGAGUUGGCGUGUUGGUCCCACGCUCACAACUCAUUUUCGGUAUACCCGCAGCCCAAGGCCAACCAUUGCAGAUAAGCAAUCACCUUCCUAUCCGACACUUGUCAAUCAGAUACUAUUUCAAUAUCAUUUCAUCCCAUGGUAGCAUUCCUAUAGCAAGUUUUGUGAUUUUGAGAAUCGAAGAAUUGGUGCCGAUUCUAUAGAGAUCGUACCUUUUAAAUCAAACCCACCAACUGUUUGAUCAAAAGAUCCACUCAAGCCGCCAAAUUUUAAAAAGAAUGACAACUGCUUCCUUGAGUUCCACAACCCUGGUUCAAUCACAGAUUAAUGGGUUUGGCAAGCUUCUAAAACCCUCCGUCUUUCAACCCACUUACACAAGGAGAGCGAUUAGAACUGUUGUGAAGGCUUCUCGAGUUGAUAAAUUUUCAAAGAGCGAUAUCAUUGUUUCUCCAUCGAUUCUCUCUGCAAACUUCGCCAAGUUGGGAGAACAGGUGAAAGCCAUAGAUGCGGCAGGUUGUGAUUGGAUUCAUGUUGAUGUAAUGGAUGGCCGAUUUGUUCCUAAUAUAACAAUUGGACCUCUUGUUGUGGACGCAUUAAGGCCAGUAACAGAUCUCCCAUUGGACGUUCAUCUGAUGAUUGUUGAACCUGAGCAACGAGUGCCCGAUUUUAUAAAAGCUGGAGCAGAUAUUGUCAGUGUCCAUUGCGAGCAAUCUUCUACUAUCCAUUUACACCGAACAGUUAAUCAAAUCAAGAGUCUAGGAGCCAAAGCUGGAGUCGUUCUGAACCCCGGGACACCAUUAUCCACCAUAGAAUAUGUUCUUGAUGUGGUGGAUUUGGUUUUGAUCAUGUCUGUAAAUCCUGGGUUUGGUGGUCAAAGCUUCAUUGAGAGCCAAGUGAAGAAGAUCUCAGACCUGAGGAGAAUGUGUGUGGAGAAGGGUGUGAACCCAUGGAUCGAAGUAGAUGGUGGAGUUACUCCCCUCAAUGCAUACAAGGUUAUUGAGGCUGGGGCCAAUGCUUUGGUUGCUGGUUCUGCUGUUUUUGGAGCUAAAGAUUACGCCGCAGCAAUCAAAGGUAUCAAAACCAGCACAAGACCUGUAGCAGUUCCUGCAUAAAAAACUUGUCAACUUCAGAUGUGAUUUCAGCACUCGUUAUCUCUAAAGAAGAAGUAUCUAUUUUACACAUAUGUCUCAAUAAUGAAUUCUCUUUGCAUCUGCAGAGAUGAGGAAUUCCAUGGCAAAUAUUGUGUUGGAUCUUGGUGUUGUAACAUUCAUCAUUUGCUGAAGGAUGUACAAAUAGGGCCCAUCCAUAAGCACACAGAAGGUGCCUUUGUAGCAUUGUCUUGAUAUAGAAGCGUAAAUAAGUUUUGUUUCAUUGUAAUGAAUAAUAAUAAUACAGUAUUGUUGGAAAUUUAUCA